AUGUACCUGCAUUACUUCAACACUCUUUGCUUCCUCGCAUUGGGGAUCGUUUCCGGCUCGCUGGCUGUCAACUUCACCAGCUACGCUCCUCUGCGCACAGAGUGUCCUGCACACCAACAAUGGAUCCGUCCAGCAAAUGGCCUGUCUUCGCAAGAGGCGACUUGGGUGCAGGGACGUAAGUCGGUCGUCGUCGAGGCCUUCAGUGCCUACCUGGACCGUCUCAACAUCACCGGCUUAGAUGUCCCGAAGCUGGUCGACGCAAUGAAGAAGGACAACAAUGCUGGCGUGCCUACCCUGUCGGUCGCCAUCAGCGGAGGAGGCUGGCUCUCUGCAAUGACCGCCAUCGGAAUCCUGCGUGCAUUCGACUCGCGCUUCCCCGACGCCAUCACCCAGAAGACCGGAGGGCUCCUCCAGAGCUUGACCUAUAUUACAGGAUUGUCGGGCGGGGCAUGGCCGGGCAUGUCUCUGUCGACCUACAACUUCCCAACCAUCAACGACCUGGUUGCCGACUGGCAUACUGACAUCGACCGAGUUUUUAACCCUCCCAACAACUCGGUCUACGCCGCCAAUGACUCGGAGCUAUUCCUAGAUGUUGCAGCUAAAUACAAGGCCGGGUUCAAUGUCAGCGUGGCCGACUUUCUAGGGCGUGCGUAUAGUUAUGAAUUCCUGCCCCCUCCUCAUGGAGGCUUGAACGUGACGCUGUCGGGAAUCAGAAAUCUGACCAACUUCCGGAACCAUUCGGCGCCUCUACCGUUGUUUGUCGCCAACCGACUCUCCGACGACGACGUGGAAUUCUUCGGCAUCAAGGUGCCUUACUCGAACAGCACCAUUUUUGAGAUGACCCCGUUCGAGUUCGGCGCCUGGCAGGCUUCGGCUGGUGGUGCAACUGGAUUUCUGCCCACCGAGUAUCUCGGGACGACGCUUUACAAUGGCAGCGUGACAAACAGCUCUGACUGUGUGGUGGGCUUCGAUCGGGCGAGUUACAUCCUCGGCAUCGCCGCCGGUGCAUUCAAUUUCUGGUACAUUGAAUCCAAAUCCAAUGGGACUUUGGCACAAUUCUCCAAGCGAUCGGACCUGCCGGAAACGCCGGCCGUGCACCGCUAUGACCGACGCGCUGCCAUCUUUCCGUCCACGGUGGUCAAUGAGGUUCUGGCGGCGUACGAGGAAUACUUCAAUCUGUCCACCACCCAGUCCAUGUACCCAUCUGUCCCGAACCCAUUCGCCGGCCUACCGGGGUCCGAGGGACCUGAACCAGAAAGUCUCCUACUCGCUGACGGAUCCGAGUCUGGACAAUCCAUCCCCUUCUGGCCGCUUAUCCAGCCGGCACGAAAGGCCGACUUUAUCGUUUCAUGGGACAACGACGGCGACCAAGCGCCGUACAACUGGAACAACGGCACGAAUCUGUACAACACGUACAUUCAGGCUCGACGGGCCGGGCUGGCGUUUCCCGAGGUUCCUCCCCCGGCGACUUUUAUCAAGCGUAACUACACGAGCAAGCCGGUGUUCUUCGGCUGCGACACGCAGUACACGACGACGCGGAACGCCUCGAGUCCGAUUGUGUUGUACUUGACCAACACCCCUUACAGCGCGUACAGCAACUUCACCUGGUUCAAGAGCACGUUCACGCCCGUGCAGACGCACGAGCUCCUGGUGAAUUCCUUCGACAUUGCCACACAGGGCAACGGCACGCUCGACGCCGAUUGGGCCCAGUGUCUCGGUUGUGCCGCCAUCGAUCGGAGUCUGACCAGGCUGGGCAUCGACCGGGUGGCACAGUGCGAGGCAUGUCUGCAGAAGUACUGCUGGGACGGCACCUAUGAAGCCGAGGGUGACCUUCCGGUGGUGGAUCCGUCGUUGAGACUGCACCCGAACGUCAGCUUCGCCGAGUGGAACGCCACGCAUCCAUUUACAUGA